GGCUACGUUUUUUAACGUGGCAUAUGAGGAAAUUGUGUUGUUUAUACCAUUUAUGUCCUUAAAUAUAUAAAUGAACAUGACAAGUAUUUGUUGAAUCCCCGUGUAUAUUUCCUUUUUUCUGGUCAGGGCUCCUCCUCCUUUGUACCUGGGGAGGAUCUAGGUAAGAAGAACCUGUUGCAGGCCGCACCUAUCCGGGUAUGAAGACGCGCUUCGGGAAACUGAGUCACGAGUGCACUGCAGAAUGACCGUAGCUCAGAACUGAGAUCAUGAUCUAAAAUACCACAAUCAUGGUCAGAAGUUUUUCGUUCGUCUUUUUUUUCUUUCUCCUCAUCUGUAUGAUCUGCAGCCAAGAGUCCUUGAAUGACUUCACAUCCAAACUCACAACAUACACCGUUGUAAAUCCUCACCGGAUUCACAGAAGAGCAAGGAGCAUCUACAAAACAUUUCAGUCAGAAGAGAGUUAUGAAGAAGAGACAGUGUCAUUUGCCCUCAUCAUAAACAACAGGCAGCACUUUCUGCAUCUAAAGGUUAACAGGGACUUUUUACAUCCAAACUUUGUUCAGAUUUCACGUGACUCUGCGGAUAAUUACAAUUCAUCACCCAGGACACAUGUGCAUUGCUAUUACCAUGGAGAGGUGGAGGGAUUUAAGGAUUCCGUGGUGGCACUGAGCACCUGCUCUGGCCUGAGGGGUGUUAUCAUGCUCGGAAAUGAGACCUAUGGACUUGAACCGUUGCCCAAGUCUGUGAAUAAUGAUCACAUCUUGUAUAGACUGAGGGACAUUGAGUCUGAGCCUGUUACCUGCGGAGUCAUCGAUGAGGCUGAGUCAACACACCAUGAGGAACCAUUUCACCCAGCUCACACUCUCACUUCACUGCUGCGGAGGAGGCGUAGUUUACCUCAGACCAGUUAUGUGGAGUUGGCAUUGGUCGCUGACAACCUCAGGUAUAAAGUGUUGAAACAAAAUGAGACGGCCUUACGGGAAGAGAUGGUGGAAAUGGCAAAUUUACUGGAUGGGUAUUACAAACCAAUGAACAUCCGUGUGGUGCUUGUGGGCCUGGUGAUUUUCAAAGACACUAAUCCUUUUGACGUGGAAGGCAGUGCAGGUGAAGUGUUGCAGAGGUUUGUUAAGUGGAGAAAGGAAACCCUCAUACCAAUGAUCAGGCAUGACAUCGGACAGCUGAUCGUUGGCCAGCCUAAGCCAUAUGGAGGAAAUGUUUUAGGAAUGGCCUUUGUGGGUACCGUCUGUUCCGUAGCGACGUCUGGAGGAAUCAACGUGUUCAGUGAGUCAAACCUGCCCUUUUUCUCUACGGUUUUGGCACAUGAAAUGGGACAUAACCUGGGUAUGGGUCAUGAUGACAGCCGCUGCAGUUGUGAUGGGAAGAGCUGCAUCAUGUCAGCUGGUGCAGGUGGAUCUACCACUUUUAGCAGUUGCAGUGAAGAAGAUUUUGAAAGGCUUGUCCUGAGUGGAGGAGGUGUUUGUCUGAGGAACGAGCCCUCGCCGUCAGACGUGAUUGGCACACCCGAAUGUGGCAAUGGGCGGGUGGACAAAGGAGAAGACUGUGACUGUGGCAAACCAGAGGAAUGCAAGACCAAAUGCUGUGAUGCGGCCACUUGCAAAUUUACUCGUGGGUCUGCCUGUGCUCAUGGAGAGUGCUGUGAGAACUGUCAGAUCAAGGUAGCUGGAACACUGUGCAGAAAUCCCGCUGACACCUGUGAUCUCCCAGAAUACUGCAAUGGCAAAGCUGCCUUCUGUCCCAACGAUUUUUACAUCAUGGACGGACUGCCUUGUGAAGAGAAUGCUGCCUACUGCUAUGAAGGCAGAUGCCAAACAUAUGAUUUCCAGUGCAAACAUCUUUUUGCGCCAGAUCCAGCAAGAAAGGCAGCAGAUAUUUGUUUUACACAUGCAAAUGUUCAGGGAAACAAGUUUGGAAACUGUGGAAUAACCAGCAAAGGAGAUUACAUCAAAUGUACUGUCUCAAAUUCCAUGUGUGGGAAGGUGCAAUGCACCAAUGUUGACGUCAACAAUCCCCCGCCUAACGCCCAUGUCAGCAUCCAGAUCGUUGACGGGUCGUCUUGUGUCAACGCAGACUUCAACCUUGGCACAGAUGUGUUGGAUCCUGCCUACGUGAACCCUGGCAGCCCUUGUGCUCCGGGAAAGACGUGCUUAGACUUCAAGUGCGUUAAUGCAACUGCGCUAUUGCCUGAUUUAGACUGCAACUCACAGACCACCUGCAACGGCCGGGGGUCAUGUAAUGAUCAAGGACACUGUCACUGUAAUAAUGGGUGGGCCCCACCGAACUGUGCCACUUCAGGCAGAGGUGGCAGUAUAGACAGUGGUCCAGCACAGAUAGACUACUCCCUCAGAAAUGGCCUGUUGAUCUUUUUCCUGUUGGUGGUUCCUUUACUGGUGCUUCUUAUUCUGGUGCUACUUUUCGUCUUCAGGAGGAACACCUUUGACCCCUGCUUAAGGAAAAGACGCAGGUCACAUAAUCCCAAAACUGGUAAUACAAAUGAAAGAAAUGGCGUAUCAGCUGUUCCAACGCCUCCACCAGCACAGACACACCCUGAGCCUGGAAGUUCCUCAGCUACUGGAGCUCCAAUAUCAGAUUUCAGAUAUGGAGAUCUGGACUACUGGAGUAUGGAUGAAAAGGCUGCCAGUUCAAACCUUGCACCACCAAGGCAAGGACCAGGGGUCCCUAAGCCUAUUCCACCAAAACAACCACAAAGUUGAUUAUUUUUUGACUAUUGUCAGUUAUGUGAAUCCAUUAAGUUUACUGCGGGAUAACAGAAAAUGAAGAGACGGUUUUAAAUCACUGUGAUUCAGCACCUUAAUAGGUAUGUGUAUUAGGUGGUGAUGGACAAAAAUGGAAAAAGUAUUUUCUUUCACAUGUAUUUUAUUAGUUGUUUAAUAGUCACUGCACAUAUUUAAAAUAUAAAUAAAAUAUAAAAGACAAUCAUUUUAUAAUUCUGGAAAAACAUUAAAAGAUUGGUUCAUACAUUUUUCUCGAUUGUAAUUAAUGUAUCAAUUCCUUUCACAUUUGUUGGACGAUAAUGUGUUUUGCAGAUUUGUGAAAUAUACGUCAGAUUUUCAACAGCAUGGUGUGUUUACAUUUACAACAUACUUUAUAUAACUGUUUGAUCUGUUUUUUAUAUUUUACAGCAAGCCCCUGUUUAUAUUAUACAGAGGCUCCGUACAUUGCUAACUCGCACACAUUUAAAUUACUUCAAAUUAUUCGCCUCGCAAGUUGGGUUUUAUUUUGAAAAG